AUGUCUCACUGGCCUGACCGCGCGCACACACGGGUCGACGAAGGCCUUCGGUAUCCUAACGGGGAGUCAAUUCGCUGCUACGACAAAGUACUCCUCACAAACGAAGCCGAUCCAACGUACAAUGGCUGGUUUAGAAACAAUGUACACAGAGUGUUGCAAUCCUCCCAAUGGUCUCGCGACCGAGUCAUCGUCCGUCAUCUGUCCACCAGAAUCCUUUGCGAAGUUUCGUGCCAGAGAGUCAUCCUUGCACCAAAAUGUCUGUUAGACGGGUCGGCGACGAUUGGGGGAAAGGAGUACACCAUUUCAGCCGUCCAACUCGAGGGUCUGGGGCGAGAUCAGAUUGUUGGAGUUCGUUAUAGACGCAAUAGCCAUCACCGUUGGCGAGAGGACCGAGUCGUGCAAAUCGAGGAUGGUCACUUCGAGUGGACUGCGGAUUACGGUGAGGAACCAAGCGAUGAAGACGAAGUGGUGGAGGAGAGUUCUUCCGAGCGCCACGAUACUGAGUACAGCGACGAUGAGCCGUUAGGCCCCAAUGAUGAGCAGCCGAAUUUCAACCUGAGUCUGCCUCCAACGAAUCAGUUCCCAGCAGUGGGCCUCUCGAGAGGGCUGCUGCUGCCUCCAGUGACUGGCAGCUUCUCGUUGAGAGAUGUAAACAAGCAGAUUCGAGGAGAGGUCGCUGGUGUACUCAAAUUCUCCUCUGGAGUGCUGAUCUUGGACAUCGCAACAAGCACUAAGACGAGGCAGCGUGGAGGUAUUCAGUCAUAG